UCGUUAGCAAGAUUCAAAUGCGUAGUACUAAAGAUACUUGUGCCAUGGUUUCAAAAACUAAAUAAAUAAAUAAAAAAUACUUGUGCGAUAGGCCCAUAAUCUCAACAUGGACUAUUACUCUCGCCAUAAUCAUCGGACUUUUGAAUCUUUUGGGCUAUUAACACGGCCCAAACAUUAUGGACUUUCAUUCAUGUAAUCGUACCAUUUACGUCGCACACCGGUCAAUCCAUCACAAACAAAACUAAUUCUACUUUCUUUCAACUAUAUUUCUCUCUCUACUUUCUCUCUCCUCUUUUCCGGCGACAUUAAUCUCCGGCGAUCUCAAUCGGAAAAAUCUCCGGCGCGUAUCGAGGUGGAUACCAGAGCCCUAGAAGGUGGUGAUUGUAAUUGAGCUUAAGGUUUGAGCUUUGUUGAUUUUAAUAAAAUGUCUGCUCCUGUACCUCCAGGGGCAACUAGACCGAACAACUCACAAUCACAGCCCCCACCCCCAAAUUAUGUCCCAAAUAUGAACCGGACUCCUGAUUCAUCCUUAUCUCAAAAUUUUCAAAACAUGCAUAUCAAUCAGACACCAAGUGCUCCACCACCGUCUUCAGCUGGUUCUGUCAGGCCUCCACCUUUUGGGCAGGCUCCUCGUUUUCCUCCAUCUGCAGCUGGUCCUCCCGCUUCCUUUCUAGGACCCUCACCUGCUUCUAGGCCUGGCCCUCCACCACCUGGUGUAGUCCCGAGAGCUGCAGCAGCUCCUGCGGGUCCUAUGGCCUCACCAAGUAUGAUACCUGGUAGACCCUCUAUUCCUCCACCAGGUGUUCAACCUCAGCCCUUUGCUUCUAGACCUCCUUCUCAAGGGCCCUUCUCUGCAGGUGGUCCAGCUGUCCCCCCACCUGGGGCACCUACUGCAAUUCCUGCCAGAUCUCAACCAGUGGCUCCACCUUUGAUGUCUCAUCCUAGCGGCUUUGGAUCUCCUCCAAUGACUACUGGUCAAGUUGCUCUGCCGACUGCUCCUCCAAGUGCUGUUAGUAAUGGACAUCCUAUGUUCCAGACUGGGAAUUUGUCCGGUGGACCUCGUUUUUCUUCUCCUGGAGGUCCACGGCAGCCACCAGUUGGUCCUCCUCCAAUGUCUGCUUCCUCAGUUAGGGCCCCAUUCCAAGCUCCACCUGUGCGCUCUUUUCCCGGGACUGGGCCUGCUGGUUCGUCAACUGAUCAUGCAUCUCCUUUAUCUCAGUCAUCUUCUCCUUUCGCAGGUCCACCUCAGGUACAGGGUGCACCACCUCCUUUGGGGUCUCCAUAUGGUAUGCAGCCUCCUCAAUUACGGAAGGUGACUCCACCUCCAUCAAUGUCAGGUUCUAUGCAGCCACCUAGGAUGUAUGGCAUGCCACCAUCAGGACCAUCUCAAACUAUGGCCAAUAUGCCUGCUAUGAGUCAGACUGGGCCAUCAAAGAUUGAUCCCAAUCAAAUUCCACGUCCCCUUCCGAAUUCAUCAAUGGUCGUGCACGAAACUCGUGUUGGCAAUCAGGCUAACCUUCCUCCGCCUGCUACCAGUGAGUACAUUGUCAAGGAUACUGGAAAUUGCAGUCCUCGUUACAUGAGGUGUACAAUCAAUCAGAUCCCUUGUACUGCUGACCUUCUUGGAACAUCUGGGAUGCAACUAGCUUUGUUGGUUCAGCCAUUUGCACUUCCUCAUCCAUCUGAGGAGCCUAUUCAGGUGGUUGAUUUUGGAGAAGGUGGUCCUGUCCGGUGUUCUCGCUGCAAAGCCUACAUAAAUCCCUUUGUUAAAUUUAUUGAUCAAGGAAGGAAAUUUAUAUGUAAUUUAUGUGGUGUUACCGAUGAAACUCCUCGUGAUUACCAUUGCAAUUUGGGGCCUGAUGGGAGGCGUAGAGAUGCUGAUGAUAGGCCUGAGCUGUGUAGAGGGACUGUUGAGUUUAUUGCUACUAAAGAGUAUAUGGUGCGUGAGCCAAUGCCUGCAGUCUUUUUCUUUCUCAUUGAUGUGUCAAUGAAUGCAUUACAGACUGGUGCAACUGCAGCAACUUGUAGUGCUAUCAAUCAAGUUAUUGCUGACCUCCCUGAAGGUCCAAGGACUAUGGUGGGUAUUGCAACAUUUGAUUCAACAAUACAUUUUUACAAUCUGAAGCGUGCAUCACAGCAGCCAUUGAUGCUCAUAGUUCCUGAUGUACAAGAUGUUUAUACUCCUCUUGAAUCUGAUGUGAUAGUCCGGCUUUCAGAGUGCCGUCAGCAUAUAGAGUUAUUGCUGGAAAGCAUCCCAACUAUGUUUCAGAGUAAUAUGACUGCAGAUUCGGCUCUUGGUGCAGCAAUUAAGGCUGCAUUUUUGGCAAUGAAGAGCACAGGAGGAAAACUUUUGGUCUUUCAGUCAGUGUUGCCAUCAGUUGGAAUUGGUGCACUUUCUGCUAGGGAGGCAGAAGGCCGGACUAAUACAUCUGCGGGUGAGAAGGAAGCCCAUAGAUUGCUCCAGCCUGCUGAUAAGACAUUGAAAGAAAUGGCUAUUGAAUUUGCUGAGUUCCAGGUUUGUGUGGAUUUUUUUAUCACCACCCAGUCCUAUGUAGACAUUGCUUCCACAUCAGUCAUCCCAAAGACUACUGGAGGACAGGUUUAUUACUAUUACCCCUUCUCGGCUGUCUCUGAUACUGCCAAGCUUUACAAUGAUCUUCGAUGGAAUGUGACUAGACCCCAAGGUUUUGAAGCAGUUAUGCGUGUAAGGUGCAGCCAGGGUCUUCAAGUCCAAGAAUACUCAGGAAACUUUUGCAAACGUAUUCCGACCGAUGUUGAUCUCCCUGCGAUUGAUUGUGACAAGGCUCUCAUGGUCUCUCUAAAACAUGAUGAUAAGCUACAAGAUGGUGCUGAAUGCUCUUUCCAGUGUGCGCUUUUAUACACUACUGUUUAUGGACAGCGGAGAAUUCGUGUUAGCACCCUUUCUCUUACAUGCACAAGUGUUCUGAGUAACUUGUUCCGCUCAGCUGACUUGGAUACUCAAUUUGCUUGUUUUAUGAAGCAAGCUGCCAUUGGUGUUCCCACUACUCCACUCUUGCAAGUCAGGGAACAGGUGACAAACCACUGUGUCAACAUUCUGCAUUCCUACCGAAAAUUUUGCGCAAAUUUAUCAGUAUCAUCAGCAGGACAGCUCAUUCUUCCUGAGGCCCUCAAGCUAUUGCCUCUGUACACCCUUGCAUUAAUAAAAAGCAUUGGACUGCGGACUGAUGGGCGAACAGAUGUUCGCUCCUUCUGGACAACGUAUGUCUCUUCUUUGUCUACUACAUUGGCUGUUCCACUGGUGUAUCCUAGGAUGUUUUCUGUCCAUGACCUUGAAACAAAGGAGAUGGAUGGAUCCGCAAUUCCUCCAGUUAUCCCACUUUCUAGUGAGCAUGUGAGUGAUGAAGGAAUUUAUCUUCUUGAGAAUGGGGAGGAUGCCUUAGUCUAUGUGGGGACCUCUGUGGAUCCCAGUAUUAUACAAUCUCUGUUUGGUACAACCUCAGUUGAUGAAGUUCCAACUCAGUUUGUGUUGCAGCAAUAUGACAAUCUACUGUCUAAGAAGUUUAAUGAGGUUAUCAAUGAGAUAAGACGGCAGAGGUGUUCCUACCUCCGCUUCAAGUUGUGCAAGAAAGGGGAUGCUUUAGGAAUGUUAUUCUUCUCAUAUAUGGUAGAAGAUAAAACUCCAACUGGUCUCUCUUAUGUGGAGUUUCUGGUGCAUAUUCAUCGGCAAAUCCAAGGUAAAAUGGCUUAAGCUCAACACAUUCUUCAUUUCUCGAACAUAGAGAUGUAGCUAGUCACCGUGGAUAUAAUUGAUUAUAGAGAGUAAAUUAUGGCUUUGAAUCAAGCGGCCUAUAUGACUAUACCUUUUCUUUCUUCCUCUUUAUGAGGAUUUUGAAUUGAAAGAAUUUUUGAGAACAGAAUUUACAAGGGAUCCUUUUAUUAACAUAGUAUAGUUAUAUUAUUAGAUCAAUUUGUUUUUCAGAUAUAGUGAGAAUUGUAACAUGCAAAGCCCUUCUAUGUUCUCAUUUUAUCCCUACACUUCAUUUUUCAUGAUAUAAAUAUUAUACUUGGUAUCUAGAAUUAUUCUUAUACUGUAAUAUUUUAUAAUUUAUAUAAUGUAAUUGAGCAAAAUUAUCUGGUUUUA